AGUAGAGGAAGGUAGGUAUAGACUAUCUAAAGAAUAGGAAUAAACACUGCUUGUGCUUGAGCCGAAGAUUCAUGGCUUUGUCGUGUUGAUAGAGCCUGCUACCACAAAUAAGAAUUGAUGUUCUCCACGCCCGGGGAGGAUUAUUUCAUUCCCCGAAUUUCUGUGAACUGUUCAUCUUAUCAAACGAGGACCACAUAACCGACUAUGCGUCGUACUACUUCUAUUCGCGUGCUGCGCAACUACAGUUCGCAGCUCCUCUCAAGGCGAGUGCUACUUCCUCUCCUGGUUUUCUUCUUCCACCACGCGGCAACUCAUGUGACCGAGAUUUGCGCGCGACAAAAGCUCCUCCGGCGGGAACAGAAGCUGCUCGAGCUAGACCAGGACGAAAAAAAGGACGAGGACGACGAUGAGAAAAGUGACAAAGAAAAAGAGAAAACAGAAAAUCCAGAUAAAAAAGACCUGGAAGAGGAGCAAGAUCAAGCGAAUGAGAAAGCCUCGAAGCGGAACCCCCUGGAAGAGAAGUCGGAAGAAGGCGAUGCGAGUGACGUGCCGGAGGUGCUGGACUACAGCGCCAUGGUGGAGCACCUAACUGGAUUGGUAGAAGAGGCACUGCCAUCAGCACAAGCGGAUAAGGAAGAGGGGGAGGAGAAAACGGAAGGGAAAAAAGAGAAGAAAGGUAAGCCAGAUAAAGACGAUGGUGCAGAGGGGGACGCUGAUGAAAAGGAUAACGCGGACGACAAGAAAGAAGGAAAGAAAUCAAAAAAAGAAAAGCCUUCGGACGAAGCAGCAGACAACCCGCAGUUCGACGGCGAGGACGCAGACGCGGAGAAAAAGGAAGAGAAGCGUGAUGACGACGAUAAAAAGGAGGACAAGGAACCGAAAGAUGAAAAAUCCUCCGGCGCCGGUGAGGACGACGGCGAUGACAAGAAGGACCAGAAAAAGAAUAGUGACGCGCCCGGCGGUGAGACGGACGACGCUGGAGAAAAGGAACAAGGGGAUAAAGGCGAUGAUGGAAAAAAACCGGGCGGUGGAGAAGCGAGUAAAGAUGACGCCGACGGUAAAGGCGGCGCAGAGGGAGAUGGAGACGAAGCUGACGAGGAGGACCACGACGACGAAAAAGACGCCUUCGCAGCCAUACAGCUGCACGGGGACGGAAAGAUGAAAUUUGACGGCGAAGACGAAAAGGAAAAAAAGAGAAAAACCGACGACGACGAUGAUGAUAGCAGUAAAAAAGACGACGACAAAGACGAGAACGGAGCACUGAGUGAUGAAAAGGGUGAGAGUGAUAAGGAAAAAGACACACCAGCAUCAGGAGGAGGUAAAAAGGAUAAGAAAGAUUCCGACAAGAAGAAUUCCAAGCGCGAACAACCAAAGCCGAUCGAGAAAAAAGAUCCGUUAACGGCGUUCAAGGAAAGUCUAGAAAAGCCGCCCGUCCUAGGCGAGUCCUAUCCUGUGCAAAAGUAUCGUACUCGUACUAAUUGCAAUCAUGCAUGACAAAUCUAAUUGCAAUCAUGCAUGACAAAUCUCUCGUACUAAUGCAUUUUGUUGCCCCAUUCUCCACUCUAUGUCUAUGUCUGUGUACCCGCGAGUGGUUUUAUCUUUCUCUGAAUUUGCGGAAGAUGAAGAUAUGUAGCAAAUUUGUAGACCAAGCAGAAGAGAAAGAUAAAAAAGAAGUAAGAAUGAAUAGUCUCAGCCAUACUUCAGCGCUUUUCAGUGCCACUUGUAGACCCGGAAUAUGCUCAAGUGCCAACAGGGCGAGAGCCCUGCAAGAUCGGGCGACGUGAGUAAGUGCAGACGGGAAAAACGCCAAAGAUACCCGCGCCUUCUGCUUAACUGUGUGAAAUAUUGUGUCGGCCCGGUUCUGCUCAGACAGGCUGGAUCCCGUAGAUCAGAUUUCACAUGUUAAGUAACGCACACCGGCCUCCUAGCAAAAAAUUAAUGAUGAAUUUAUAUGAGAAAGAGGGGCCUAAUCAAAAAAAAAAAUCAUGCAUGACAAAUCUUGUUUCUUAGCGAAAUCAGCAUUACAAGUUCCAUUUUUUCUUCUGGAAAAAUUUGCAUUGCGAUUUAUACUAAUACGAUACUUUUGCAAUGCAUAAAUCCCGCGUGUACACGAUAGACCCCGGGAAGUUCAACGGGUAUAAUUGCGUCGAGAAGCGCAAGGGGAUGGAUCCGGUCACGUUCUUGACCACUGAAAAGAUAAUCGCGUACAAAGAGACGCCGUGUGUGGAGGUAUAGUAACAGCUAAAUGUUUGCUGCUUCUGUCGUGAUGAACUGUAGCACUAGCAAAUACGCUAUUGUAUUCGAUUUGUUUUUUGCAUUUGCCCCAGAACUUGAAAUUCAGAUAGUGACUUUUCUUUUUGUGGCAAAAAAAUCCAAUCACAAUAAACCCAGGAAUACACUUCCUUCAAGCCGGAAAAGGGUUGGCUUUGGCCGGCGGUCUCCACCUAUCUCGCCACCCAGCACUUUCUACCCGGCACCUUUGACAGCAAGGAGCAGCAGGCGGACAUUUUGAAAAUUCUGAAGUCCUUACCCGUCGAAAAACUGGACGGGAUCCGCGCGCCGAAGGUGUACGGCAACGUGCUGUUCGACGGAAAAACGCCACUGGAGUACUUCGACGUUACCCUGGGCGUAUGGAUUGCGAAUAUGUCUGGGUCUGGAAGAUUGCCAGAUUUGUCAUGCAGGUUUUCCAUGACCCAUGAGGUCUGGUAUGUAGGACAUAGCAUGACAGAUUCUGUGAGAGUUCUAUCCUGCCUAUCCUGCAUGAGAAACUGCCUCCCGAUUAGGUAAAAAGUGGGCGACAGCUUCUGGUAAUCAGAAUCACGCAACACAGAUUUUUACAUGGUCCAGAUUUAGCAUGACAAGUUGCUUUGUUCCAGACCCAGACAUUUUUACAUUUGAUAGGGCGUGGCCAUGCGGAAAACGAGCUGGGAUGAAUUAUUGGAACCCACGGAGUAUCAACUGCAAAAAUGUCUGGGUCUGGAAGAUUGCAACUUGUCAUGCUGUUUUUGGACUCUAAAAAAAUUUGUAUUGCAUGACCAGCAAGAGGGGUGCGCUUUGUGCUACUUACACGGACAGGGCAUUUCUCAUGCGGAAGGUGCAUCAGGGAGCCCUCUAAAAGUCUGCGAUGCUAGGUCAUGCAUUACAGGCGUCACGGGUCAUGAGAAAUAUGCAUGACAAAUCUUCUUGCAUUCUUCCAGACCCAGACAUUUUUGCACUUGAUACGGAGGGGGAAGACCCACAGUUGGGCGGCCAGCUAAAGGCGGAGGUGGAGCGGCAGGACAAAAAGUACUAUUUGACUUGUUCAUUUUUGUGUACAUGAUGUAGUAGUUUUUUCGCUUCCUCCUAUAGUAAUGCUAAUGCCUUAGUCCAGCAAACGAAAAUCUAAAUCAACAACAUGAAACACCACCAGCUACGCCCUCCUGAACGACGUGCCGGAAGAAAGUGCAGACCAGGAAGAGCCGACGCCUGACAAGGGGCUGUCCGCGAAAGCAGAGGCGAAGGAGGAGAAGAAGGAGGAGGGCGAGAAAAAGCCAUCCGAGGAAGAGGACGAGACACUAUACGUAUAAGAAAAGUUUGUUGCUUGUCAUGCUGAACAGGUGGUUGUACUGUAUCGAAUGAAGUUGCAGGCAGCUGCGCAUGCACUUUGAUUGUGAGAAACGAGCUCGAAAAAUUUCGUUGCGAACACGAGUGACUUAUUCAUGCCCUGUUCGGUAAAACAAAAACCGAAAAACUACAGUACGGCAUCGGUUUCGGCUGUGUCCUCAUCAUUAUUGGCAUCGGCGGCGCGCUAGCGCAACAGAAGACGGAAGAGAAGGUUCCGCAGCCUGACAUUGAACAGCCAGAGGACAAGAAUGAAGAGGAAAUUAACGAUAUCACAGGAAAAAGUGUUAACGUUGACGGAAUUUGUGACGCAGCAAUGCAUCACAAAACGUGUAAGAAUUUGUCAUGCAUAGCAUGCAUAUUGGGCUACGUUUGUGAUGCAUGACUGCGAUCUGUGAAAACCGCUAACGUUAACACUUUUUCUUGUGAUAAACGAAGAGGAUCUGAAGGCUGACCACCAGGCGCUAGACAAGGAAUUACCGCCGCAGACCCGGGACGAAUUGAUGAAGCGGGUGAACGACGAAAUGAACGAUAAUUUGCACAAAGCUGCUGCGGUAGACGACGCAGAUGCUAACGCUGCUGCGGCUGCUGUUCCCCCGCCAGCCCAGCCACCUUCCUCCAUCACAGAAGAGCUACCCAAAUUGACUCCCUUGCCGAAGCUGAAAGCGCCUGCGAGGCGACAAAGCACCAGUCAGAAUAAAGACGUAAGGGGGGCUGCUGCACCUACUACUGCGUCAGGAGCAGCCUCGCUACAACAAACCGCGAGCAAGUCGAAGCCGGCUGCGGUACCGACAGCACAAACGAAAGCAGGCAGCGGCAGCGCCGGGCCAGCUUCGCCCAGUUCCCCAGCUUUGGCGUCAAAAGGCGCGUCGCCCGGACUGGCUUCGAAGGCUGGGUCCAAGGCGGGUUCGAUGGCGGCGCCAGCGAGUUCACCGGGACAGUCUUCCCCGGCGGGGAAAGCGACUUCGCCGGGGAGCUCGAGAAGAGCAUGAGGGCGUCUCGUUUAGAAGUUCUUUCAGUUGUGAGUUGAUAUGCUCUUGUAGUACCCUGAACUGCGAAAUGUAUCAAAGCCGGCUAAGUAUUGUACAAGGAAAAUGUUAAGCGCAAGCCAAAUUUUACUGAACUUUUGCAAAUCAAAUUUUAAUAAUUGAUGACUCAUUUUUAUGUUGACAAUUGUGACUUGACACCUGUAUGAUCUUCGCUCUCCAGAGUGGAAAAGAAAAUUUAUUCCGAGAAGAACUCUUGAUGAACUUUUGCACCACUAGGUGGUCUAGGACCUCUAAUUGAUGAAAAAACCUUGUACCAAAGAGAAAAUCACGUGCGGCUCGAAGUUUGCAUUUUCAGCAAGGUCAUGAAAAAUUCCUCCUGGACCGGCCUGAAGCGAAAAGUUUUAAGUAAUACUGUGACGCGAUCGCGAGGUUUUGUUUGCUUCUACAUACAGAAACAAUAAAACCAUACUACGGCAAGUGCAAGAUUGGUAAAUGAAGCAUACAGAUAAAGAAGCCUGGUGAC